AUGGCAUCUACUACAUCUAUUCUCGUCAAUGGUACUGAUCAGGUCAUCAUCCGUGACAGUGUCAUUGUCAUGGAGAUCGAAAACCUCCUAACUGGUUGGCCAACGUACGAGAUUAACUUUACGCCCAAAAACCCAGGCCCAUUGAAAUCAAUCAUCUGUCUCAAAGACUCUGUCAAAAUGAUCCAUAUCGAAGAUUCUACAGAUAACGAGGCAGACAUGUUGAUCCCAGGCAAUCACAAAAGGAAAAAAACCCUACCAACAAAUCACAAGAGCAAGAAGAUCAAAACGUUCUCAGCUGAUACCAUCAAGAUCACAGAAGAUCUUGCAGGCCUCAAGAUUACGUCUCAGAGUUCUGAAAAAAACUCUGUCAAUGCAAAGCCUGUGCGCUUGUUCGGAGCCUGUGAAAACCCUCCACCAUGCAAACUCAAAUUUGACAGUAGCACCGAUUGGCCACCCUGCUGCCAUCACCAUUUCAGGGAUGUGGAUGUGGAAGACAAGCAUUCCGUUGCCGAUUUUGAUUUUGUGCAAGCCAUGCCUGCUCCUGUUGCGCCAGACUUAACUUAG